AGUGCUGCCAAAUUUCAAGUGUAGUUCCAAUUGGAAUUCGAAUGCAAUUUCCAAAAACAGCUGUUAUAUGUUCCACUAUUUGACGGAGUCAAGUGCAUUUUUCUCGCGUAAAAUUCUUAAAUUUGAAUUUAAUUUCGGGAAUGAGCCAUGGAGUCGAAAACUACGUUGGUGCAUUGGUUUCGCAAAGGACUACGUGUACAUGAUAACCCAGCAUUGGCUCUUGUUUUCUCCAAAGCAGUAAAUCAACCCACAAAAUAUUGUGUGCGACCGAUUUUUAUACUCGAUACUGCGUUGUUAGAAUGGUUGCGCGUUGGCGCGAACCGUUGGCGUUUUCUGCAACAAACACUAGCAGACUUGGACACAAAUUUACGGAAACUAAAUACGCAAUUAUAUGUGGUGCGCGGUACACCAGCUACGGUUUUUCAACGCAUCUUUAAGGAGUGGCGUGUGAGUUUACUAACCUUUGAAAGUGAUAUUGAGCCGUAUGCAUUGAAGCGUGAUGCAGAGAUUCAACGUUUGGCUAAGGCAGCUAGAGUAAAAGUGGAUGCAUUUUCCUCGCAUACCAUAUAUAAUCCAGAUUUAGUAAUACAAAGAAAUGGUGGCAAUGCGCCACUAACAUAUCAGAAAUUUUUAAGCGUUAUCGAAAAAUUAAUUGUGCCAUUGCCGGUGGCAAACCCCGAGAUAUUGCCAGAUGAACAAAAGCCACCAAAGGAUACAAUGGAGAAAGAAAACACUAAUUGUUAUGCAUAUCCAACAUUAGAUGAACUUGUGAAGCGGCCCGAGGAGUUAGGAGAAAAUAAAUUUGUUGGCGGCGAGACUGAAGGUUUACGCCGUUUGGAUGCUUCACUGAGCAACGAAUCGUGGGUUGCUGCUUUUGAAAAACCAAAUACUGCACCGAAUUCGCUUGAACCCAGCACUACUGUGCUCAGUCCAUACCUGAAGUUUGGUUGCCUCAGCGCACGCUUGUUUCAUCAGCGUGUAAUGUCGAUACUUAAGCGUCAAACCAAGCAUUCCAAACCACCCGUAUCAUUGAUAGGACAACUGCUCUGGCGUGAAUUUUACUACACAGCCGCUGCGUCAGAGCCAAAUUUCGAUCGUAUGUUGGGUAAUAAAUUCUGUAUACAAAUACCAUGGGAAACCAAUGAAGUACAUUUAUCAGCUUGGACUAAUGGCCGUACGGGUUAUCCAUUUAUAGACGCCAUAAUGCGUCAAUUGCGUCAGGAGGGUUGGAUACAUCAUUUGGCGCGUCACGCUGUUGCAUGCUUUCUAACACGUGGUGAUUUAUGGAUCUCUUGGGAGGAGGGCCAAAAAGUAUUCGAAGAAUUACUACUCGAUCAGGAUUGGGCAUUGAAUGCCGGCAAUUGGAUGUGGCUCUCAGCCUCAGCAUUCUUUUAUCAAUACUUUCGUGUCUACAGUCCGGUUGCUUUCGGCAAGAAAACCGAUCCAACUGGCGCUUACAUAAGAAAAUAUGUACCUGAACUUGCCAAGUACCCAGCAGGUUGUAUUUAUGAACCUUGGAAGGCACAUUUGAGCGCCCAACGCGAAUAUGGCUGUGUGCUGGGCGAAGAUUAUCCACAUCGUAUAGUUAUUCACGAAACUGUGCACAAGGAGAAUAUAAAACGCAUGACAGCGGCUUACAAAAUAAACCGUGAAGUGAAAGAGGGCAAAAGUCCAACUGACGAAAGUGGAAAGGACAAACGUAAAAAGAAUAGACUGUUGUUUCGGAACAUGAAGUGAAGUGUUUUUAAAAAGUGUUAAAGUGGUUAAAAUUUAAAAUUUGUCAAAUAUUACGUAAUGAAACUCGAAAUAAGCUGACUCAUAUGGUGAUCUGUCCUCAUAUAAUGGAGAAAAAACGGGGAAUCCGUAUUAACGUUAAGUCGCACAGACGAAGUGCUUUCGUCUAAAAAACGGCAAAAGCAACCAAUUUGCUGAAAGUGCGUCUUAAGCAGAGAGCGAAGGUAAACAUUGAAGAGAUAAGUAGAAAAAGAACAAAACUGAGAGGUGUGAAAAGUUAAGUAAGUCAAAGUUGCAAAGUAAACGGAAAACUAUUUGAAAAAAAGUUAAGUAAUAAGUUUAUAAUAAAUAAAAAUUAAAAAAUUACAAUAAUUAA